AUGAUGAACACUGUGGACUAUGAAAAAGAGGAAGCCUCUAAUUUGCAAAAAGAAUUCGAAUGGGUGUUGAACCAAGAAGUCCAUAAGGGUUUAGAUCAGAUUCAUCAAAUUCUUGUGGAAUGUGCAAGAAGGUUUCCUGUGGCACUAUAUGGUCAUGACAACUCACAAAGACAGGACAAAUUUAUUCUCUCAGUUCCAGCUGACCAAUUGAAAUGUGUUGUUACUUUAACAGGGGACAGUAUCACACAUGCUGAUAUCAGCUUUAAGGUUGCCAGACAAACAACUUCCACCAUGGUUCGCACAACCAUUCAAAGUGAACAUCCCUGGAAGUUACAGCAGGUUCAGGAUGCUGCAAAUCAUCUCCAACAAGCAAUUUAUCAUAUUGACGAUGUAGGCAAGCACUACAAUUUCAAAUCAUCAGACGAAGUUCUUCAUAUAUUAGGCAAUAUACUAGGAAGUUUGCAAAGGGGCCGUACUAGUCUCAUAGUACCCAAGAAAAAAAGUAUUUAUGAUCUUCUGAAGAGCCGAAAUAUGACAGCUCUUUCACCGCCUUUGGCAGAAGAUCUAGCAAUAAGUUUUUACAUACAGAGCCACAAGUUGGUGUUCGUUAUGUAUCAAUUGAUGAAUAAUCAGGGUGUGAUGACCCCCGAUCCAACGCCGGCAGAGUGUUCAGUACCUUGGCUCAACGAAGUGUUGGUUCUUUUCACUGUAGGAUUGCAGCUUUGUCAGCAGCUGAAAGAUAAGAUCUGUGUUUUUUCACAGUACAAAGAUUUUACUGUCGGUUCAAGACCUAGCAGCCCGUCACAAUGCUAA